AUGUUAAGAGGUAUAAAGAAGAUACAAGGGUUAAGACGCUUUGUUACUGCUCCUGCUCCUACUUAUCGAACUACAAUAUUACCAAACGGUUUGACUGUUGCUUCUGAACUGAUGCCGGCUACUAGAACUGCAACUGUUGGUGUUUGGAUAAAUGCUGGUUCAAGAGCUGAUAAUCCAAAAUCAAGUGGUACUGCUCAUUUUCUAGAACAUUUAGCAUUUAAAGGAACUUCAAAGAGGACUCAACAUAAUUUAGAACUUGAAAUUGAAAAUAUUGGUAGUCAAAUUAAUGCAUAUACUUCAAGAGAAAAUACUGUUUAUUAUACAAAAUGUUUAUCAAAAGAUUUAGGUCAAAAUGUAGAUAUUUUGAGUGAUUUAUUAACUAAAUCUAAAUUAGAUAAAAGGGCAAUUGAAAAUGAAAGACACGUUAUAUUACAAGAAUCAGAUGAAGUUGAUAAAAUGUAUGAUGAAGUUGUAUUUGAUCAUUUACAUGCCGUAGCUUAUAAAAAUCAAGAUCUUGGAAGAACUAUCCUAGGUCCAAGAGAAUUAAUAAAGACUAUAAAUAGAAACGAUCUUGUAAAUUAUAUAACUACAAAUUAUAAAGGUGAUAGAAUGGCAUUGGUCGGAGUUGGAGAUGUAAAUCAUGAUGAAUUGGUUAAAAUGGGUUCUACAUAUUUUGGAAAUAUAAUUAAAUCUGAUAAACCAUUCAAACAAUCUGGUGAUGAUUUACCUAUUUUCCAUGGUGAUGAAAUUAGAAUUCAAGAUGAUUCAUUACCUGUUACUCAUGUUGCUCUUGCUGUUGAAGGUGUAAGUUGGUCAGCACCAGACUUUUUUGUUGCAUCAGUUGCAAAUGGUAUAAUUGGAACUUGGGAUAGAUCAAUUGGUGUUGGUUCAAAUUCGCCAAGUCCAUUAGCAGUGAUAGCUGCAACUGGUGGAGUUAAUAAAACUCCAAUUGCAAAUUCUUAUAUGGCUUAUACUACAUCAUAUGCAGAUACCGGAUUAUUAGGUGUAUAUUUCACUGCUGAAUCAAAUUCAAAUUUAAAAAUGAUGAUUGAUGGAAUUCAAAAAGAAUGGGGAAGAUUAAGUAACGGAAAUAUAACUGCUGAAGAAGUAGAAAGAGCAAAAGCACAAUUAAAAGCAUCUUUGUUGUUGGCUCUUGAUGAUUCUACUGCAAUUGCUGAAGAUAUAGGAAGACAGGUGGUAAAUACUGGGUAUAGAUUAAGUCCAGAAGAUGUAUUUGCAAGAGUUGAAUCAAUAACGAGAAUUGAUGUUAUAAAUUGGGCAAAUUAUAGAUUAAAAAAUAAACCAAUUGCUUUAGCUGCUGUUGGGAAUGUAAAGACAUUACCAUCACAUAGAGAAAUCACAAAUGGGAUGAAUUUUGAGUAA